AUGUGCUUCUCAUCUAGCAACUCGACCGUUAUCAACACGGCCUUCAACCACACCCAGCCCUACUUCAGCGUCUUCGAAGAGGUCUCCAAGUACAAUGUCCAGCUUAACUACGCCGAGCGCCUCUGGACAGCUUGGUAUCUCUGGAUGCAGAAUGACAUUCUCGCCACCGGUAUCAUGAGCUUCGUCAUGCACGAGACCGUCUACUUCGGUCGCAGUCUGCCCUUCAUCAUCUUCGACCUCAUCCCCUGGUUCCACAAGUACAAGAUCCAACCCCAAAAAAUGCCGACACUCAAGGAGCAAUGGGACUGUGCCAUGGUCGUCCUCAUCAGCCAUUUCACCGUCGAGUUGCCUCAGAUCUGGCUCUUCCACCCCCUAGCCACCUGGUGCGGUAUGGAGUACGGCGUCCCCUUCCCGCCUCUCUGGAAGAUGGCCAUGCAAAUCUCCAUCUUCUUCGUCAUGGAGGAUACCUGGCACUACUGGUUCCACCGGGCUCUGCACUACGGCCCGCUCUACAAGGCUAUCCACAAGCUUCACCACUACUACUCCGCUCCUUUCGGCCUCGCUGCUGAGUAUGCCUCGCCCAUUGAGGUCAUGCUGCUGGGUAUUGGUAUUGUUGGCUCGCCCAUCUUCUGGGUGACCCUGACUGGCGACCUCCACCUCCUGACCAUGUACGCCUGGAUCGUCCUCCGUCUGUUCCAGGCUAUCGACGCCCACAGCGGCUACGACUUCCCCUGGAGCUUGCGCCACUUCCUGCCCUUCUGGGCCGGUGCCGACCACCACGACCUCCACCACGAGAAGUUCAUCGGCAACUACGCCUCCUCUUUCCGCUGGUGGGACUACUGCCUUGACACCGAAGCCGGCCUCGAAGCCCACAAGAAGCGCCGCGAGCGCAAGCUCGCUGCCAUCAAGGCUCAGAAGGCCCAGUAA